CCAUGCUUUUCCUACAAGCAGCUCUUUCCUCACUACUGUCAACCCCAUUAAGCCCUUUUCUGGGGAGUGCAGUGUUUUUUACAUCUUAUGUCCGCCCUGUUAAGUUUUGGGAGCGAGAUUACAAUACCAAACGUGUUGACCACUCCAACACACGACUGUCUUCCCAACUUGAGAGAAAUCCAGGUGCUGACGAUAAUAACUUGAACUCGAUCUUCUAUGAACAUCUGACGAGAUCCUUGCAGCACUCUCUGUUUGGAGAUUUGGCUCUCGGUCGUUGGGGAGUUGUUUCUCAAGGGGACUGUUUUGUAUUGGCUUCAGACAAUUUGAACUGUCUUGUACAUGUAAUAGAACUAGGCAAUGGACUGGUAACUUUCCAGGUACGAGGAUUGGAAUUUAGAGGAACUUACUGUCAACAACGAGAAGUGGAAGCAAUCAAUGAAGGAGUCGAAGAAGAUGAAGGCUGCUGUUGUUGUGAGCCUGGACAUCUUCCACACGUCCUAUCAAUGAAUGCAGCCUUCAAUCUCCGAUGGUUAGCGUGGGAAGUGUCUGCUACGAAGUACGUGCUUGAAGGCUACAGUAUAUCAGAGAAUAGUGCAGUCUCCAUGUUGCAAGUCUAUGAUCUUCGGAAAGCUCUGAUAACAUAUUAUGUUAAAAGCAUGAUAUACUAUACCAUUGCAUCACUGUGGCUGGAAGAUUGGCUUCAAUCCGAAGUUUUACAAGAAGCUUUCCACUCCACUUUAGACAAGAAUUAUGCUGACUUAGAUCCAAUAUUCAACUUUAAUAUUGAUGAAGAUUAUGACUUUAGAGUUUCUGGGAUCUCUCGAUACAGCUUUUGCAAUAUAUACCUCGAGUGGAUUCAGUUCUGUGCCUCCAAGAAAGAAAAGGUUCAGGCCCUAGACACCCAUAAGGACUCUGUUCUUGUGUCUUUAUGUUUUGCUCUAAGCCUCUUGGGUAGAAGGACUCUUAGUGCAGUGUCUCACCACUCCUUUUCAAGUGUGGACUUCCUUCUGUAUGGUCUACAUGCUCUUUUUAAAGGGGAUUUUCGUAUCACAUCUCUGAGGGACGAGUGGGUUUUUCAAGACAUGGAACUAUUAAGAAAAGUGGUAGCACCAAGCAUUCGCAUGGCUUUGAAACUUCAUCACGACCACUUCUUAUCAGCUGAUGAGUAUGACGAUUCUGCCACACUCUAUAAUGCCAUUAGCACCUACGAGAAAACACUUGUAAUAUCACACGAAGCCGAUCCCACGUGGAGGAAUGCUGUUUUGUCAGGUGUUCCUUCUUUACUUGCUCUUAGGCACGUGUUCGAUGAUGGUGCUGAUGAAUACAAGAUAAUAAUGUUGAACAAAAGACAUCUGUGCUUCAGGGUUAUAAAGGUGAAUCGUGAAUGCGUACGAGGACUGUGGGCAGGACAGCAGCAAGAACUAGUCUAUUUGAGAAAUCGUAACCCUGAACGAGGAAGCAUCCAGAAUGCCAAACAAGCUUUAAGAAAUAUUAUAAACUCUUCCUGUGAUCAGCCUAUUGGUUAUCCUAUUUAUGUGUCAUCUUUAACCACAUCAUAUGCUGAAACUAAUGAACAACUGUGUCAGGUUGUUGGUGGACCAGUCAGUUUUGGAACUUUUAAAAAUGCAGUUGUUCAGCUUUGGAACAGACUUAGAACUCGAUGUGGAGAGGGAUGCUCCAGUGGAGGCACUGCAGUCCAGGAUGACGGUGGUUUCGAACGUUUCUCUGUGUUCUAUGGUACCAAUGUUGUGGAAAGUGCACCUCAAACACAGUUCAGCCACUCCAGUGUGCAGAGUGGAUCUCAUUCUGGAGAUGCUGCAAGCGAACUCGGUGGGCAAAGCACGGGGAGAGGUAGUGCAGCUAGCAGUAUCGGUCGUUGCAGCACCUUCAGCAGUCUUGGCCAGAACAGUGCCAGUCUUACACGCACCAGUCUCAGCAAUGUUGCAGUUUUUUCCGCACCUCUUGGCAAGACUGGAAAUCCUAAUCUAGUCACACACUCUUCUUUUCGAGCAUUCCCUACAGAACUGGCCAAAUUGGCAAGAACUUAUGAACAGCAUUCUAGUGACCUUCCUAGUCAGUCUGGUUAUGUUACAGGUAUUGGAAUAGAUGGCCAAAGCCAACAGCUUAACGACAGUCUUGGACAAGAUAGUAUCGUAUAGUGACUUUAAAAAACUAGUACUAUGGUACAGGAAUUAAUAGGAUGAUGAUUUCCAGCAGUAGUGUACAGGUUUUUAAGAACACUACAAUUGAAAGGCAAUAUUAGGGUCGCUAUGAUUAAGUUAUUCAGUAAAGAUAACCAAAGAGAAAUAUCAAUGAUGCUAUACAAGUUAUAUUAAGCUGAAGAUGUUACUGUCAAAUUACAUAGCAUCAUUUGAGGAGAGAAAAAAAAAUUGUGAGUUAUAUUUGGGUUAACAGGUAUUGUUUUAUGAAAUAAAACUAUCUAUAGUCCAUUACAUAGUGAGAGUGUAGCAUAAUGUGCAAGACAGAAGAGUACUUCUAUUAGUACUUGACUUAUAAUACAUCAGGUUAUGAGAGAACAUUGUUGGUUGGAAGAGAGUUAUUAUGUAUUAGUGUAUGAGUAAUUACACUUCUGAUUGUGAGAGGGGAACAUUGUUAGUUAGAAGAGAGUUACUUGGUAUUAGUGUGUGAGUAAUGACACUUCAGAUUGUGAGAGAGGAACAUUGUUAGUUAGAAGAGAGUUACUUGGUAUUAGUGUGUGAGUAAUGACACUUCAGAUUGUGAGAGAGGAACAUUGUUAGUUAGAAGAGAGUUACUUGGUAUUAGUAAUUAUACUUCAGGUUGUGAGAGAGAAACAUUGUUGGUUGGAAGAUAGUUAUUAUGUAUUAGUAUUAAGUAAUGACACUUCAGGUUGUGAGAGAGGAACAUUGUUGGUUAGAAGAGAGAUAUUAUGUAUUAGUAUUAAGUAAUGACACUUCAGGUUGUGAGAGAGGAACAUUGUUGGUUAGAAGAGAGAUAUUAUGUAUUAGUAUUAAGUAAUGACACUUCAGGUUGUGAGAGAGUGACAUCAUUGGUUAGAAGAGAGAUAUCAUGCAUUAAUAUUAAGUAAUGACACUUCAGGUUGUGAGAGAGAAACAUUGUUGGUAAGAAGAGAGAUAUUAUGCAUUAGUAUUAAGUAAUGACACUUCAGGUUGUGAGAGAGGAACGUCGUUGGUUAGAAGAGUUACUUGGUAUUAGUGUGUGAGUAGUGACACUUCAGAUUGUGAGAAAGGAAUGUCGUUGGUUAGAAGAGUGACUUGGUAUUAGUGUGUUUGUGUGUGUGUGUGUGUGUAAUGAUGCUUCACGUUGUAAUAGAGGAACAUUGUUGAUUGGAAGAGAGUUAUUAAGUAUUAGUGUGUGACUGAUAGUAUAUCAUUCUGUGAGAGAGAGAGAGAAAUUUUAUUAUCUAAAGUAAUUACUUGGCAUAAAUGUGUUAGUGAUUGAAAGUAAAUCAAUCUCCAUAUCUCACUGUUCAAAUUGUCAAUUCUAUUGCUCUGUGAAUUACAAUGUAUAAAAUUACAUCAGUGGUAAAAAAUUUUAGAAUGUUGAAGGAUAUGUAUAUAUACAUAUAGUAGAGAUGGCUGCUAUCCAUACCAAAAAAAUUUCUUAAAAUGCAAAACAAGUAUCACUGUUUCAGUGUUUCAAAUAAAAGUUUUUAAUAUCCAUUUCGGCCAUCUCUACCAUGUAUGUACUCCAAGUGAAGGACAUGUGUUAUAUUUAUUAGAGGACUUCACUAAAUAUUCUGGUCUACAGAUCUAGUGAAAUGUAAUGUUCUGCAGUUUAAGAGAAUCUUCAGAAUAACUUUUUAGAACAGAGCAUAAUAUUAUAUGGCUACCUUUUCAGUGGUACUGUAGUAUUGUAUGAUUAUCUACAUUGACGAGGCAAAACAAGAACAUAUAACAUAACUGCAGUCUUUUUAUGUGGCAUGACAAGUGUGCUUACAGUACGUUAAUAUACUCAGUUAUUUGAGUCAUCAUGGAGAACCAUUAAGCUGGCUGUCCUCAUUAAGUUUUUUUUUCUUAAUUUUGUUGUUCUUUGAUGAACAGUGAAAGUCUUGUAAGGUAUUUGGGUGGAGUGAUCUUCAUUAUUCCCAAAGUAAAAAAAAAUAAUUUGUUAAUUUUAACAGAGUGUGUUCACUAUUGGUAAAGACAAAUAAGAAAACAUCAGUUUUUGUGUCUUAGAAAUUAAAAAUCAGUUGUAAAAAAUGUUUAGUUAAAUGGUGUUAUUAGAAAUUGUAAAAUAAAUGUGUAACCAAUUGUUACACGAUUUUUUUUUUCUCUGUAAAGACUGUGUUAGUUUAAACAAACGUUUGGCAUUUCAUAAGUUGUUGAUCUGAAGACUUAACUAUAGCCAGUACGCUGUGAAGAGAAAGAAAAAAUAUUUUAAUACUGUUGUGUAUAGUUUAUGAUCAUAGUAGAACAUGGAAGUCAUUACAGUAGCCAAAAAUUGUCUCAAAAUACAUAGAGUAGAUAAAAGACUGACUUUAAAUUAAGACUGAUUUGUUUACAAUGAAAUGAAACUUCAUGUAACAGGGACCUUUUAGUCAUAAAUGAGAAAAUAUUUAAAGUGGCCUUAUUUUGGCAGCCUCCAUCCCAUAGGUAGACUCGUGGUCCUAAUUGUUAAAUGUUUUCUGCUGGUAAACAUAAAAUAAGAUUAAAUUGUCCAUUUUAAAUCACAACAACUGGAAAACUAUUAUAUGUUGAUUCUCUGUAAUGACUUCAUUUUUAAAGUAUGUGUCAUAGACUUUAUCAUUCUUGUCAUAAUUCUAACAAAAUGUGGACCGUGAGCAGUCCUUAUGAUGUUCUCCAGAUGUGCAUUUUGAAAUAAAGCAUUUGACUGAAAUGGUUUUUAAUUUUAGAAAAAAAAAAUAUAUAAACAAUUUUGUCAGGGAUAACGGUACUUAAAAAUUGUUGGCAAAAGGGGGUGUGUGUUUUGCAUCAUUCAAGCAUGUUGAUGUUAAUAUAUAAACUUAGUUAUAUUGUGUGACACUUCCCAAUUUCAGGUGAAUUGCUGUAAUAUUGCCAACUCUAUAAGGUGCAUGAAUUUAGGUGAAAUAUGUGUAGGCAUCAUGAACAAUGAUAAAGUUUAUUGGAAGUUACUUAAGAUACAUAUAAAAAUAUCUUUUAGUAAGCUAUUUAUUUCAUGUAUAUAUAUGUGCAUGUGAUGAGUUGUCAAAGUAACUGGGUUCAUUUCUUUUUUUAUGAGGUGAAUAGGUUUGUAUUGUUUACUUACUUGAAUGCUGCAAAUUUCUAAGUAAUUUUUUUUUUACUUUCAUAGAUUGUUUAACAAUUCAUUAGCACUAAAAUAUUGAAGAAAAAAUUUGAAUGUGACUUAAGUUUGAUUAUAGGUUUAUGUAGAAGUGUUGUUAUGUGACUUAAGUUUGAUUAUAGGUUUAUGUAGAAGUGUUGUUAUGUGACUUAAGUUCAUUAUAGGUUUAUGUAGAAGUGUUGUUAUGUGACUUAAGUUUGUUAUAGGUUUAUGUAGAAGUGUUGUUAUGUGACUUAAGUUUGAUUAUAGGUUUAUGUAGAAGUGUUGUUAUGCGACUUAAGUUUGAUUAUAGGUUUAUGUAGAAGUGUUGUUAUGCGACUUAAGUUUGGUUAUAGGUUUAUGUAGAAGUGUUGUUAUGUGACUUAAGUUGGUUAUAGGUUUAUGUAGAAGUGUUGUUAUUGAUGGGGCCAAACAGUUUUACCUCUAAAGUACAACUAAAAUUUGUAGUUGAACUAGAUCACAAGUUGUAAGUAAAAUAAUGUAUUUUGAUGUUUUUUAGUGUACUAGAGUCUGAUUAAAAACUAUUAAAAUUGAUGUAUGUAAAAUUUGUUGCAUGUAUAGCAUAUGUAAUGUAUCUUUUUUUUUUAAUGUAAAUUUUGCCUAAUGGAAGCUAAUUAAUUUUCCUUUACAAAUUAUUAAUAUCAUCCUGUACUCGGACUAAAACCUUAUAGAAUUAGUAAUACGGAUUAAAUUUUAUCUUGAUACAGAACAAUUCAGUAAUUUGUUCCUACUAAUGAAAGGUGUGGUUAUUUAGUGUGCUAUCCUUAUCAGUUUUAUUGAUUAUUUUGGUUGCUGUUAUUGCUUAAUCUUGUUUUUAUGUUAUAAUUAACAUUUGGCAACAAUUUAUUAACUACCCUCUAUGUCCCUCUCUCUCUUUUUUUUUUCAGAACAGUACGUUGGAAACCGGUCUUUUUAAAAAAUUUAGCGUUAAAAAUUGUACCAGCACAAUUAAUACAAUAAAUAAAAAACUAGGCAUAAACUCCCCCCCCCCCUGGAAAAUGAGAAAAAUAAUUCCUUAUUUAUUUAUUCAGCUUAUGUAUAUGAUUUUUUUAUUCAGUUCACAGUUUCACAUUACUUUACCCCCACUUUAUAAAAAUUUCUACAGCCUCCCAUGUUUAUAGAAGCUCUUGAUAAAACGACUUCUCAGUUUCUGAUGUUAUAUGUGUUUAUUCCGGCCUGCCUUUGUCUUGUGUUUUCGAUAACACUUCAUUAAUUUAUUCGCGAGGGGAAAACUUUAUCGUUCUUACUCCAUGUGCUAAUUAAAUAAGAUAAUGAGGGGGGAUGGGGAAACGUACUUGUGUAAUAUAUCUUUUUUUUUUUUUUAUAGGCUUAAUACCACAGGUGAACUAAAUGGGGUGAAUUUUUUAAAAUAAAGUAUAGUAAAAUAUAAAUAAUUUUCUUUAUUAAAGCAGAACAGAUUGUAUACAUUUUUAACUGUUAAAAUACAAGCACGUUCUUCCAUUUUAAUAAAAAUUAAAACACGGAUUGUACUUAACCGUUAUGGUAAAUUUAGUUCUUCCGAAUUAUGUUUUCAAAAGUUAUGUUACGUCAUCCUUAAGAUUUUAUUAUUCAAUUUUAAUAGGAAAUAAACGCAAAAGGCCAUUGUUUGUAUUCGUUUAGUUAUAAAAAAAAUAUGUCAAAAUACAGAACUUAAGCCCAAUUAAUAAUAUUUCUAUUACCAUUCUCAUCUAAACCGACGCAAGUAGAACAAAAGAGGCAUUGUAAUAAUAGUUUUUGUAUACAUCUUUACAAUGAGGCCUAACAUUACAUUCAAGAUUCUGGAUUAAAGACUUUUCAACGAGAACGCGUGGGUUUUGUUUUGUUUUUUCAUUCUUUAUACACGACUAGUAUUGUUCUUUCGAUCUGACAAGGUUUUCAUAGCUAUUGAUUAUUUUACAAUGCCUUAAUCUUCCAAAUAACGUUCUUCAUCCUUCUGAUGUUGUUAGCUAAUUUCUAAGUAGAGUAUGAUGUGUAGGCUGACAUCUAUCGUCAAAUAAACGAGUCGAAGGCACAUAUUUUAGUGUAAAAGGCAUAAUUAGUAUGUUUUGUAAAUAUAUUGAAUUGGACAUAAUCUAAGCUCAGUAUAGAAAGGAAAGCCCAAUAUUCUAUGUUUUGGGUUUAUAAAAGUAUAAUUUAAUUUGUAUUGUAUUCAGUUUUGUUAUAUAUUUUCUUGAAGUUUCAGGACAACGUAAGUUUUUCAUUAUGUGUAUUACGUUUUUAUAAUUUAUUCAAGUAAAACAUGUUUAAUAAAAUAUGUGAAAAAUUAUCUUCAAAAACAUGUAACGAGCACUCAUAGUUGGUAUCUGUGUACAAGAGUUUCGACAUCCUGUGAAAAAAA